AUAAAUAAAAAAUGUGGAGUGUUGUGCAACCAUUUGGUUAGUUGAAUCCCGACGAUUCCAUAGAAAAUCUUUCUGAACCAUAUAGAAAAGCCUCUCUCCCGUCGUCUCUCACUCUCUCAGUUCACACUCUCAACCUCAAUACAAACGAUUAACCAAAAAAGCAUCUCAUCCUUUUACUUUUGAUCGAUCAUGUCCUUUUUGCGACGCUAAACAAAAGGUGUUCUCUACCAACUCUUCGCAAAGGAGUUGAAGUGACUGAAUUAAGGAUCCGAGACUCCUCCGCCCUUCCAUGUUCUGCCCCGUCCCGUUGGGCACUGGAGCCUUAAUCUGUGCAGACAGAUGCACCUUCAUGAAUUUCAAGCUAAAUCUGAAAGCAUUGACCUGAAGAUUACUGCAAUCAAGCUGAUUGUUGAGUGGAUUUGAUGCAGACGACGUACGCCAUGGAUCCACAGAGCCAAAACACAUCAUUGCAACGGCUUCAAAAUGUUGAAAAGAGAAUAGUUAGGGUAUUGGAGUUAGCUGGCAGCGUAAUGGACGAACUGGCAAACCCUAGCGGUCCAAGAAAGGAGCUUGUUAAUAGUCACUGCAGUGAAUUUAUGCAAUUGAUCAAGGACAUCCAAGUGACACUGCGAGAAGAAAUCAAAAGUGCCUGUGAGUAUCGUCCUUUUGAGAAGUGUGACUACGUUCCAAGAAUAUCUAACGAGAUCUGUUGCAAGAAACUGGAACAUGUCAUUGCACAGUUAGACGAAAUGAAGCAUACAAUUGAAGGGUAUCAUGCUGCAGUUUGAAACUCUGUAUGUUUUAGCAUUCACCACUAGGUUGCUUUUAUAGGAUUCCUGUUAUUUGAGGUUAGGAUAAUGGAUUUAGUUGGUCUGCAAGGACAUUUGAUUAUUUAUAGGAUUCCUGUUAUUUGAGGUUAGGAUAAUGGAUUUAGUUGGUCUGCAAGGACAUUUGAUUAGCUCUGAAUGUACGCUCGUGGCAAGUAGAUUUCCUAUUUGCUUCUUCAGUAAGAUUAGGAUCGACGUAAACAAAUUGUAUUACAGAGCUUUGUAUAUAUUUUUACGUUAAAAAUGCUUGGUAUGAAACACUUCCAGAAUCUGUUGUGCAA